AUGACUCGCUUGUGUACAACUCCAUUUUGGAAUAAUUCUAUAACAAAAGCACCAUAUCCUUAUUUAACUGAAUGCUUUCGUGAUACAGCUUUACAAUGGUUUCCAAUCGGAAUUUUUUGGUUAAUUUUACCAUUAUGGAUGUGGAUGUUACAUAAAAGAAAAAUUCAACCAAAACCAUUGCCUAUUUCAAGUUUAUUCAUUAUUAAAAUGGUUUUCACUAUUCUAUUUCUUCUUGUUCAAAUUGUUCGUAUUAUUUAUUAUACAUUACAAUUAGAUACAGAAAAAAGUCAAGCUAAUAUGAUAAGUCCAAUUUUAUAUACAAUAACAUUAUUAGUUAUUCUUUGGUUAAUGAAUUAUGAACGUCUUAAAGGUAUGUUUUGUUCGGGUUUACUUUUUGGCUUUUGGUUAUUAGUUUUUUUGACAAUAAUACCGGAUGUUAUCGAUUACUCAAUUGAAUAUCAACAACGAAAUAAAUCAAGACGUAUCUUAAACGAAGUUAUUCGUGUUUGGCUUCAUAUUAUUCUUGCAUUUGGCUCAUUUAUUUUACAUUGUUUAGCAGAAAAAUAUCAUUUUUCUAAAUUAGCUGCCGAUGAAAGGCCAAUUGUACCUGAAUUAUAUAAAAGUUUUCCAUCUCGUUUAACUUUCGGGUGGGUAACACCACUUAUUAUUCGUGGUUAUAAACAAUCAUUAACUGAAGAAGAUUGUUGGGAAUUGGAAAUAUCAGAACGAGCUGUUAAUGUUGUUCAUCGUGUACAAGCUUGUUUCGAAGGAAAAAUCAAUCAAGCAAAAGCCAUAGCUUAUGAACAGAGUAAAAUUUGGAAUAAAAAUUAUACUUCUAAUAGCAACAAAAUUCAAGAUGAAGAUCAAGAUUUACCAUCGAUUGAAAUAAAAGGGACACCAGCAAAAACUCGAAAACCAACUAUUUUUUGGCGUGCUCUCUUUGCAGCAUAUAAAGGCAAACUUAUUGCUGGUGGUUUGUUAAAACUUGUUCAUGAUCUUUUACAAUUUAGUGGACCGAUGAUUCUCAAAGAAGUUCUUACUUUUUUUAAUGAUCCAACAGCACCAACAUGGCUCGGGAUAUUUUAUGCUGUUCUACUUGGUGCAACUGUUCUUUGUCAAACAUUAUUUUUACAAGCUUAUUUUCAUCGACAAUAUAUUGUUGGUCUUCGAUUUCGUUCAGCUAUAACUGGACUUAUAUAUCGAAAAAGUUUAAAAUUAUCAAAUUCAGCUAAACAAGGAACAACAACAGGAGAAAUUGUUAAUUUAAUGUCAAUUGAUGCAUCACGUUUUGGUGAUAUAACUUCAUAUAUUCAUGUUUUAUGGUCUGGACCAUUUCAAAUUUGUCUUGCACUUGUAUUACUUUAUCGACAAAUGCAAUUAGCAAUUAUACCUGGUGUUCUUUUAUUAAUUCUUGUAAUUCCAUUUAAUUUAUUUUUACAACGAAUUAUAAAGAAAUUAGCAACAAAACAAAUGGUAUUAAAAGAUCAUCGAAUAAAAAUGAUGAAUGAAGUUCUUAAUGGAAUAAAAGUUUUAAAAUUAUAUGCAUGGGAAUUAGCAUUUAUUCGACGAUUAAAUGAUAUACGAGAAAAAGAACUUAGUUGUAUACGUCGAAAAGCUGUUCUAAAUGCAAUGUCAAGUGCAGUAUGGGCAUUUGCACCAAUUCUUGUAUGCAUUGCAACAUUUGCUACAUAUGUAUUAUCAUCAGAGAAUAAUAUUUUAACAGCUGAAAAAGCUUUUGUUUCAUUAGCAUUAUUUAAUUUACUUCGAUUUCCACUUGUGGUAUUUCCGACUGUUGUUAAUAGUAUUAUUGAAGCUAGGGUAUCAAAUAAACGUAUACAAAAAUUUUUAAACAAUGAAGAAAUUGAUGAAUAUGCUGUCAAUAGAACAUCUAUCGAUUCUGAUGGCAAUAUAAUAAAAAUUGAGAAUGGUUCAUUUCGAUGGUCAAAUUCAAUUGAUGAUCCAAUUAUAUUAAAAAAUAUUAAUCUUAAAAUUCGUCAAGGUUCACUUGUUGCUCUUAUUGGAUCAGUUGGUUCAGGUAAAACAAGUAUAUUAUCAGUUUUACUUGGUGAAAUGAAUAAAAUUACUGGACAAGUUGAUGUUAAUGGAACAAUAGCUUAUGUACCACAAACAGCAUGGAUUUUAAAUGCAACACUUAAACAGAAUAUUUUAUUUGGAAAAGUUUUUAAUCAAAAAUUAUAUAAUCAAGUUAUUGAAGCAUGUGCAUUAAAACCUGAUUUUGAUAUAUUACCACAAAGAGAUGAAACAGAAAUUGGAGAAAAGGGAAUUAAUCUAUCCGGUGGACAAAGACAACGAGUUUCUUUAGCUCGAGCUUUAUAUAGUGAAGCAGAUAUUUAUCUACUUGAUGAUCCUUUAUCAGCUGUUGAUGCACAUGUUGGUGCUCAUAUAUUUAGAACGGCUAUUGGACCAAAUAGUUUACUAAAAACAAAAACUCGUCUUUUAGUAACACAUGGUGUAGCACAUUUACAUAAAUGUAAUGAAAUAGUUGUUGUUUCACGUGGUGAAAUUGUUGAUCAUGGACCAUAUGAUGAAUUAAUGAAUAAAAGUAAAAUUUUACGUGAUCUUGUAUAUGCAAUUGUUACGGAAGGAAAUGAACGAAGAGCAAGUGAUGCAGAUGCUAGAACUCCACCAACAUCUCCAAUUGAGAUCAGUGAAAAUAUCUUCAAAACAAUUGGAGAUAAAGCUCAAAAUGAAACAAUAAAAUCAGCAACAAUUGAAAUACCUUCAAAUGAAUUAAAAGAAAAAAAAGAUAAACUUAUUCAAAAAGAAACUGUUGAAACUGGUUCAGUUAAAUUAAAUGUAUUUCUUACGUAUAUUCAUGCAUGUACAAUGCCAAUGGUUUUAUUAAUAUUUAUUUUAUUUUCAUUAACAACACUUACAUCAUUAAGUACAAAUAUAUGGUUAUCAAGAUGGACAGAUCGAUCUAAAAAUGAAACAAUAUCAACUAAUGAUACAUCAUCAUCAUCAUCAAUGAGUAAAAUCCAUGGUUUAACAAUUUAUUCAAUAUUAGGUUUUUGUCAAGGAUUUGUGGCUUUUUCUUUGCAAUUUUUCGUUUAUUUUGCUGCUUAUGCUGCUAGUAGAAAAUUACAUUCUUCUAUAUUAUUUGGUGUAUUACGUGCACCAAUGGCUUUUUUUGAUACAACACCAAUCGGUAGAAUAAUCAAUCGCUUUGCUAAAGAUAUUGAUGCAAUUGAUUCAUCUUUACCUACUUCAUUUUCCUCAUCAUUUACUACAUUAGCACAUGUAUUAAUAACGAUUAUUAUACUUAUAUAUGGAUCAUGGCUUGCCAUUUGUGCAUUAAUACCGCUUGCUAUAGUUUUUUCUUUUAUUCAGCGUGUUUAUGUAGCAUCUUCAAGACAACUUCGACGUCUUGAUUCAAGUACACGUAGUCCUGUUUAUUCAAAUUUUGGAGAAACAAUUCAAGGACUUAGUUCAAUUAGAGCUUACAAUGUACAACAACGUUUCAUUGAUAUAUCAGAUCGAUUACUUGAUAGAAAUCAAUCAUGUUAUUUAGCUAGUUGUAUUACUAAUAGAUGGCUUGCAGUACGUUUAGAAGCAAUUGCCAAUGCAUUAACAUUAUGUACAGCUUUAUUUGCUGUUCUUAUGCGUUAUCGUCUUACAGCAGGUAUUGUUGGUUUAACAAUAACUUAUGCAAUGCAAAUAACUCAAACACUUAAUUGGCUUGUUCGUAUGGCAAGUGAUAUUGAAACAAAUAUUGUUAGUGUUGAACGUGUUAAUGAAUAUGCUGAAUUAAAACCAGAAGCUCCAUGGGAUAUACCAGAAAAGAAACCACCAAUUGAUUGGCCAACAACUGGAGAAAUUCAAAUUAAUAAAUUAUCAACAAAAUAUCGUGAAAAUUUAGAAUUAGUUCUUCAAGAUAUAACAGUUAAUAUUCAACCAGGAGAAAAAAUUGGUAUUAUUGGACGUACAGGUAGUGGAAAAAGUAGUUUUUGUAUUACAUUAUUUCGUAUAAUUGAACCAACAAAUGGUGAAAUAAUUGUUGAUAAUAUUGAUAUUCGUCAUAUUGGUUUACAUGAUCUUCGAUCAAAAAUAACCAUUAUUCCACAAGAUGCAGUUAUUUUUGCUGGAACAGUACGAUUUAAUGUUGAUCCAUUUGGUAAUUAUAGUGAUGCAGAAAUUUGGACAGCAUUAGAAUUAGUACAUUUAAAAGAACGUCUUAGAUCAAUGGAAAAUGGUCUUUCACAUUUAUUAACUGAAGGUGGAGAAAAUUUAAGUGCUGGUGAAAGACAAUUAUUAUGUAUGGCAAGAGCUUUAGUACGAAAGAGUAAAAUUUUUGUACUUGAUGAAGCAACAGCUGCUAUUGAUAUGGAAACUGAUCGAUUAAUACAAAUGACAAUUCGAUCAGCUUUUAAAAAUGCAACAGUAAUAACUAUUGCACAUCGACUUCAUACAAUUUUAGAUAGUACAAAAAUUCUUGUUUUAUCUAAUGGUCGUUUACAAGAAUAUGAUGAACCAAAACGUUUAGCAGCAAAUCCAGAAUCUGCUUUUGCUAAAUUAUUACGUGAUGCACGCAUCAAUUUAUUUACUGUGAAUCCAAACUUAGAAAAAAACUGA